CGCGAUGAGGCGGCCAUCUCAUUCUGCGAUUCCACCGAGCAGCCACAUGAAGGGAUUCUUUGCCGUGUACAUGGUGGCGGCAGCCAUCUUUAUGGCCUCCGCCGCGCCCACCCCGAAGCCCACAGCCCCUCCUCGCGUCAAGGACGCAGGCAAAUGUGACACAGACGAGGAUUGCACACCAUAUCCGGGCACCGUCUGCGUGCAAUUCUCGUCAGGCGACUUUGUGGCCGGCAAGUGCACGCCCAACUAUGGUCAGAAACCUGUGUGCCGCGGGGGUCAAUCUGGUCUUUGCCCUCAGUACCAGGACCCGACGCAAGGUUAUGUGAACACACAGUGCGUCUUGGUUGACCAAACACAGCAGCCUGCCACCGACACGGACGCUGUAGUCCCAAUCAACCAAAAGACCCCUGCUCCCACUGACGAAGGUGCCGACACUUCACCUGUAGUUACUGGAGCGUCGAAACCUGCGACUACUGCUUCGGGAGGAGCUGUGACGACUCCAACGACGACAAAGAAGUCUGCGGCCCCCACUACCACAUCUGCACCUCCCCAGCCGCCCCUUGUUCCUGGAGCCCGUCGCCUCCAAGCUGCCACUCCCACUACAACAGGCACUACUGCUGCAACCACGAGCAAGCCUGGUACAACAGCUGCCCCCACGACCACGGUGAAGGGCGCGACCGCCGAACCCACGGAAGCUCCGGUCGACCCUGUGCCUGUAACGGACCCUGAUGCCACGGCCGCACCGACCAGUGCCGACGAAAUUACGCCCAUCAAAGCCCAGAAGUGUCCUACCGACCCUUCGUUGUCCCUGGACAGUCCCAAGUGCUGGUUCAACACCAAGUAUGGCAACCGGUCAAUCCUAGCGCAGUACCGCUGCGUCGACUACUCGAUGUGUUAUGAACAAUCGGCUGCAUCGCAGGAAUCCCAAAAGGCCAAGGAGGAGUACUGCCGACCCAAGGGCUGCGUAUCGGGCGACCGCGAGCUCUGUAACAACCGCGGGACCUGCCAGUCGAACGAUCCCGUGCAGCCUAUGAUGCCCCAGGGGUACUCGUGCCGUUGCUACGCUGGCUUUACUGGUCGUCAGUGUGAAAAGACGACUGGGCCCACGUGCGACGUGGACUGUGGUGUCGGUGGCGCGUGCAUUGACCGCAAGUGCCAGUGCUAUGAUCCGUACCAAGGCAAGGACCUUCGCUGUUCCAAGUGCACGAAGGAUGCUGCGUGUGAGAAUGGCAACAAGUGCAAUGUCGACACGGGCAAGUGCAAUUGCCUCGAAGGAUUUAUCGGACUCACGUGCGGCGGUAAGACCAACAACUGUGCCGGGGUCACGUGCAACAACGGUGGUCAGCCCUAUGACGGUGGCAAGGUCUGCACGUGCAGGUGCGCCAAGUGCGUGGGGAGCGUGUGUCCUCCGUGCGGUGGUGCCGACGGUCGCGACUGCUCUGUUGAGACUGGUGGGUGUCCUGCUGUCUUGAAAGCCGAAGACAACGCUGCCGGCGCCAUCCAAGGGACGUUGCUCGCCAUGCUCGUCGUGGCCCUUGCUGCCGUCGUGAUGUAAAUCUCGCAUCGUUAGUCUUCCAACUUGAAAACGCCUUAUUAUUUUUCGCGCCUGCGUUGAAUUUUCUCGAA